CUGCAGAGUUUUCCGUCCAGUGUCGGAGUAACAUCGUAAAGGAGGACCACCUGACGGUAGGACCGGACUCAAUGGAAGCAGCGGAGAAAACUCUCACUUACCGAGAUGACACCGGACUAAACAGAAAGCUGCUCAAACACGACACAUUUGAGAUGAAGGACCACGCAACGGCCGAGUCCAACUAUGUGGAUCUGGACAUGAAACCCGACGGACCGAAAACGGUGAAAGUGACUUUCACCGGCGACGGAAACCAGCUGUCUGUCAUUAAAAGCGACGGCAGCUCAAAACACGAGGAGAAGAAGAAGGAAGCCAGCUCAGACGAGGACAAGCAUCACGCUGUCCUGAUCGAGUCCGAGUCUCUGUUGGAAACUGUAACCAAACUUCCCAACGACACCGAUCCUGACUCGGAGACCGAGAAACGGGCCGAUCUGGACUCGAGUGAGUGUGGCGAGAACGCCUGCAGCGACGGCGAUGAGCUCCGGUACACGGACAUGUGUCGGGACAGCAAGACGGAGUCCGAUGACGGAACCAGCGCCGAGCUGUCCGACCACUGCGGUUCCGACACCGUGGAGGACGAUUCCCACUAUAUCACCACGCACGAAAUCCAGUUGACGGAGCUCGACCACGACGUGGAUUACGACCUGGGACGCGGGACUCGUUGGGAAUUCGAAGACGGAAACCUGGUUUACUCGUUUGUGGAUUACGCGUCUUUCGAGAGCGACGAAAGCCAGGAGGGGACCGUGGUUGUGGAGGGCAGGAGCCAGGUGAAAGUGCAGUCUAAUCUCGGAGGAGCGACUGUCAGCACCGAGCAGGAGGAGAGUGAUCUGUGCGACUCGGACAAAUGCGCCAGCUCGGAUGAAAGCAUGUGCAGGAACCAAAGCGGGGACAACCCUGCGAGGAAAAUUCACCUGUCGAUCCAAACCUCCUCCAGGGCGCUGAACGAGCCCGUCAGCGUCUUUGACAACAGCACCUGGCACACUAAACCCCACGGAGACAGGAGCCACUUCUCCUUUGUGAGCUCUGGCGCCAGAGCUGCGCCCCUGUGCGAUAGAGGUCAAUAUUUCAUCCCUGCUCCGGGCCGUCAGCACCUCGCCACCAAACUGAGACGGAAAGAUAUUAAUGAGUAUUCCAGCGGAGCUUCCAGCUCUAUCAGUGAGCUGGACGACGCUGAUAAAGAGGUGCGUAACUUAACCGCCAAGUCUUUCCGAAGCCUGGCGUGUCCAUACUUCGAUGCCAUCAAUCUUAGCACCUCCAGCGAGUCUUCUGUGUCUGAAUAUGGGCUAAAUAAAUGGUCGGCAUACGUAGAUUGGAAUUAUGGCAAAGAGCGCAGCGUAAUUGCGCACAAGACAUCAAGCGCCACUUUGGAAAUGAGUAAAAAUGUGGAUAAUAGGGGGCAUAAUAAAUCUAUUACUAGCAUGAACGACUCACAAACCAGAUUUUAUUCCCUCAAUAAAAGACUAAACUCUCAGCUAGCAGCACCUUCCAGUAAAAAGAUCCAAAUGAAAGAUCAUGUUCAGCCGGCGCAGCGCGGAGUCACGUUAAACGUUCACUGUAAUGGUCCCAGGGGUCCCAAAUGCCCCCAGAAAGCGCGACCCAAUCAGGUCAGCGGGACCGCGUCGGCCAGGUCCGGCUGUGAGAUGGAAUGUCUGCACACGAACAGCUCGGGGGACACGCACAAAAGGGCGAUUUUUGCAUCGAGUCUGUUGAAAAACGUGAUUUCCAAAAAGAUGCAGUUUGAACAGGAGCGCAAAAUGGAGAGGGGGGAAAUCCAUGACUCCUACCCACCAGUUUCACCCAGUUCUCUUAUAAAUAACUCAGAUGGGACAAAAGAAAAGAGUCCAAGUCAAAGUUUACACAGGCAAAGCUCAGAAUCCGGUUCUGCAUGUACUGCUGAUGAUCAGCACGCAGAGGGAGGUAGACCCGGUUCUUGUGGGUCUGCAGAGGAGAUAAAAGAUCCCGGCACCCAUAAAGCAACACACAUCCAAAGUCAAAAGGGAGCUGAGCCUCAGUCUGUGAAGGAAGCCGAGCCUGCAUCUUUAAAUGAUUCACAAACAGCGUCUAAAGAAGGAGCGGACACCAGCAGCAUGCUGACCAAACUUCUCUUUGUUCCGAGCUGCCAACUUCUCUCGAAGGACAAGAAGCUUGCAGAGGAUUUAACACGACACACACUCGACUCAGGUGCACCUGCAUGCUCCCAGAAAUGUGACAAGGACACGAUACAGAUCAAAGGAGGUGAAAAAGCAGGGAAAACACCCGAGAUUAAAAUUUGUCUGAGAAAAGUGAAAGAAAACCAAGGCUGCACACUGAACAUAGCGAAUCUGUUAACUCCUAAAAUAAGUUACAACGUCAGGAAGUUCCGAGCAGCGGACGAGAGCAAAUGUCAGGUUCUGUCUGCGACAGAAAAGGUCCCAAACUUCACAGUCAGAGACGUCAGAGAAACCAAAUGCAAGUUCCAAACGCCGAUCUAUCAGGUUAGGGAUGUACGUAAAUUAGUAAAGAGCUCAUAUCGUUUUGUUUCUUUGGAUAACGGUGACAAUAAAUGCUCCACGGCAGCGUAUACACUUGAGAACAAAGCCAAAGCGGAGCCAGUGAAACAUGUGUCGCCUUCUCCCAUGGUGAUCAAAUGCAACUCUGUUAAAACAAAUGUUAAAUCACAGAUGACUGAGGCAGCUCGAGCUGAGGGGGACGGCCCGCCCACUUCUGAAAGUGAAAACACAUCUUCAGCCUGUGCCACCGGCAGGAUCAGGCCGGAUCAGCCAGAGAGUCAGCCUAAUCCCGAGUCCAAACUGGGAAAACAGAGGCAGGACGAGAGGAGGAAUGAUGCUGUCGUGCCAAAACGGGAUGCUAUGGAGAAAAUCAAAGCUGCAGUUAAAACCAUGGAGGAGCUUUAUGUGUUUGAUCGAAAUGAAUGGAAGCGAAAAAAUCGAGCCGCUGAUCCGGUCGCAGACAGUCAUGUGCUGUCCCUCCUCGCCAGGGAGGAGCGGGGAUCUGAUGAGCAGACUUUGAUAAGCGCCGCAGAGACGGAGAGAACACAAGGAGAUAAAAGAGCUCUGAAUAUCAUUCAUGUUCCCUACAACAGGGACACGUUUAAAACACAAUCCCCUCCCAGUAAAACUGUCACUAACAAAAGCGUCCUUCAUGUUGGGAACCGUAGCGGUGUGAGCAUUAACUCAGAUGAUCACCAACAAAGCUCAGCUUUGCAAAAACCAACCGCUACACAGAGCUCCAAAACGGCGGUGAAGAUCGAGCCACCAGCGUUUGAACUCACCAGUAACACCAUCAGCUGCUCGGACUCAGAAAACUACUUAACCAUGCCAGGACUGGGGCUUUCGAAUGAAAACAAACUGCCAAAUGAAGAACAUGCUUCCAGCAAACCUGAGCAAAAGAGGUCACCUUUGAUCGUGGAGGACCCAGCUGCAACCAUCUACCACCACCCAACUGUAGCAACAAGUCCUCUUACGCAGCACAAGGUGUUGUGUUUCUCUCCAUCUGUCCCCACUGUGUCCCCCGCACCUCCUGCAGGAGACACAGUCCCACAAACCCAGCGUAAGAUGCUUUUGGAUCCCACAACUGGACAUUGUUACUUGGUGGACACUCCCAUAGCGGCCACCACUAAGAGACUGUUUGAUCCAGAGACAGGCCAGUAUAUGGAUGUCCCUUUACAUUCACCUGUGGCUCCUAUCACACCUGUGCCCAUCUCAUUGUCCCCACUGGCUCUCAGACCAGGAGCAUAUACCCCCACCUACAUGAUCUACCCCGCUUUCAUCCCCUCACCGCCCCUAAUGGCAAAGGCAGUAAUGCCACAGUCCCCACAUCACCAUGAGGAUGCAUCAGCAAGAAAUAAGACGGAGAACACCGGGAGUCCUCAGCUGAAGGGCGGCACAGCAGAGAAGGUGUAUUACAGUGCAGUGGGAGAAGCUCCACAGCUUCACCUGCCUGUGCAUUUGGGACACGUGAGCGCCAGAGGAGGUGGAUCAAGCUCCGACAGAGAGGGACUUAUCAGCAUCACAAAACAGCAGGGUCCAAGAAUCGUGGUCCCACCCUCUUUUGAUGGAAAAACAAUGAGUUUUGUAGUCGAGCACCGGUGACCAAGACAACCUCUCCUCCCGAUUAUAUCUCUGCUGAAGAGUCUGCCUUCAUUUACUGUGAGUGCAGUUUUCACCCCUGUGAUCCACUGUCUGGACGACUUCUACUGUCACCUCUGACCCGUGUCCCUGUUCUGUUGUUUAUCAUGUUAUCUGUAUGCAUUGGAGCACUUUGUAGAGUUAAAGUUUUCUUCCAUGCCCUCUGGUUGACGUUCUGAUAUAAAUCGGCUUUGUUAAACUUUCCAUUCAGCUGCUUUGUAGAACAUGAUCCCUGUUUAAAUGCUGUUUUUGCCCUGCUGUGUUUUCAAAGGGAAACAAAACAGGCCUAUUGCAAUAAAGGAUUUAUUGUUUGAUAAUCUA